GAACGCCAAACAGGACGUGGACGAUGAGUACGGAGUGUCGCAAGCCUUGGCUCGAGGGCUGCAGUCGUAUUACGCCGUCGCUCACGCUGUGACCGAGAGAGUGGACAAACAGUCGGCGCUGAUGGUCAACGGAGUCCUCAAACAGUACCAGAUUAAGGGCCUGGAGUGGCUGGGGGCCCUCUACAACAACAACCUGAACGGAAUCCUGGCGGAUGAGAUGGGACUGGGCAAAACCAUCCAAACCAUCGCCCUGAUCACGUACCUGAUGGAGCACAAACGCAUCAACGGCCCCUUCCUCAUCAUCGUGCCCCUCUCGACUUUGUCCAAUUGGGCCUACGAGUUCGACAAAUGGGCUCCGUCCGUGGUCAAGGUCUCCUACAAGGGCUCUCCAGCUGCUCGAAGAGCGUUUGUUCCCCAACUCCGGAGCGGAAAAUUCAACGUUCUCCUCACGACCUACGAAUACAUCAUCAAGGACAAACACAUCCUGGCCAAGAUCCGUUGGAAGUACAUGAUCGUGGACGAAGGUCACCGGAUGAAGAACCAUCACUGCAAACUGACUCAGGUGCUCAACACUCAUUAUGUGGCCCCGAGAAGACUUCUCCUGACGGGGACACCGCUCCAAAAUAAACUCCCUGAGCUUUGGGCCCUCCUCAACUUCCUCCUGCCAACCAUCUUCAAGAGCUGCAGCACCUUCGAGCAGUGGUUCAACGCGCCCUUCGCCAUGACCGGCGAGAAGGUGGACCUGAACGAGGAGGAGACAAUUCUGAUCAUCCGACGCCUCCACAAGGUCCUCAGGCCCUUCCUGCUGCGGCGGCUCAAGAAGGAAGUGGAGGCACAACUCCCUGAGAAGGUGGAGUACGUCAUCAAGUGUGACAUGUCGGCUCUCCAGAGGGUCCUGUACCGGCACAUGCAGGCCAAGGGUGUCCUCCUCACCGACGGCUCCGAGAAGGACAAGAAGGGGAAAGGAGGAACAAAGACCUUGAUGAACACCAUCAUGCAACUGAGGAAGAUCUGCAACCAUCCCUACAUGUUCCAGCACAUCGAGGAAUCCUUCUCAGAGCACUUGGGCUUCACUGGAGGCAUUGUGCAGGGGUUGGAUUUGUACAGAGCCUCUGGGAAGUUUGAGCUCCUGGACCGGAUCCUGCCCAAGCUCCGAGCCACCAACCACAAAGUGCUGCUCUUCUGCCAGAUGACCUCCCUCAUGACCAUCAUGGAGGAUUAUUUCGCCUACCGCGGCUUCAAAUACCUCAGGCUGGAUG